ACUGCUUAGGCGCUGUCGUUGUAUCUCGCGGAAGCGUUCCCGGUUUUCUUCAUCUUACAUAUUAAGACUUGUAGUGGCACACUUCAAACUGUUCUCAUUUUUGUUAAUUUUGAUAUAAUGGAGUUCUAAAUAUGUGUCCUAUGUACUCAAGCCAAUCUGCAAUAAUCUUCGAGAGAAAAACCCUUUCCACCGAUGGAAAAGUCACUAGUGCGCUUUCCUAUGAACGCUCAGCGCCCCAGCAACUCCGAAAGAAGAGAUGGCAGAAUGUCCACCAACCUGCCGGUAUCUUUAUCGAGCCGGAAGUCCUUCAUAAACAGCUCCCAGGCCAGAAACCGACAGUCAAAACAAAGUUCCAGACGGCAUGUCGAUUUAGUGACUAGCUACAAGACAAAGCCCAGUUGUGCGCACAUUAGGUGUUCAGAAGGUGAAAAGUCACUUGAAGCCCAUUUAGAUGGCUAUGUGCAAGUCUCGAGCCAAUUUGUCCUAAUUCCUGAUUCUGCAUACUUGAAAACCAACUAUGACGGGACCCCUCCACAAUGGGAGCAGGUCUCGUUUGUAAAAGUCCUGAACAAAGGUGAUCUAGUGUGUCCCAUAUGUCUCUAUUCGCCCAUCACGCCACGAAUGGGUAAAUGUGGACACGUUUACUGUUGGCCAUGUGCAUUACAAUAUUUAAAAUACGAAAAUGAAUCGGAUAGCAAAAGAUGCUCUAUCUGUCCAUUCUUGUUAUCAUUCGAUGAGCUCAAGAGGGUAUCCCUAACCCAUAUUACUCCAACGAAGGUUGGCGAUAGCAUAUGCUUGACGCUAGUUAAGCGUUCAGGACUUCGUGUAACUCCUCUUUUAUCUCUCCAAACAUGUGAAGCUACCAUUGGAUCCCUUUUUGGAUGUGUUUGCGUCACCGAUCAAAUAACACUAAAAAACAUUCAUGAGUCAGAGAUCGAUCAACUUCGUACGUAUAGAGCUAUUUGUGAAGUAGAUGGAAACAACACAGAGCUGAUUCCAUUCAUUGACUUUGCUUUCGAAGAGCUGAAUCGCGAAGAGAUGCUUCUAAAAUCUUGCAGUACCAGUUCAUCUAAGCCUUGCAAAUCUUGCAGUCAAGAUAUUAAUGGUGUUCCCACAAAUGAAACAUAUUUUUACCAAGCUAUGGAUAGCCAACCCAUUUUCUUAGAUAGCCUAGGGUGGCGAUGUCUACUAACGGAGUACAAAGAAACACAAAAUCUUCCGAAGGAGAUUGUCGCAACCGUUGUAUCAACUAAAAAUUAUCGGAUGAACUCCUCCUUACGAAAACCUCUGAGGUACCUGAGCCACUUACCUGAUGGAUACGCCUUCAGUUUAGUGGAAAUCAAGCUAGAACCACCGUUGGUAUCUGAAUUGACACUAUCUCACUUUGCCACAUCGUUGAAUAACCGCGCAUUGGAGCGAGAUCGAAGUCGUCUCGAGGAUCUGAAACUUACUGAGUUAAAAAAGGCAGCUGAAAACCAAUUUACGUCACUGCCUCCAGGUUUUGUUCUCAGCGGUCAUGCAACUUUAUCAGAUAAGCAAGGUAGGUUAUCUAUUGUUCUAAAGUUUAUGUUUCAUAGAAGUACAACUUGACCCCUCAAAUUUUGUCCCACUCUCAACUACGACGCAAAAUAUAAAAGGGAAAAAAACUUUACCAAUCAGUUUUGCUGAAGUUUCUCGCUCUGGCGCGCUCAAUGUUGUUGGUCCAGAUCGUGUUGCCCAUUUCUCGCGAAGUCCUCCGAACCCAACAAAUCCUAGACGCUUCGAUAUCAAUUCCGAAUCUUGGCCUACCUUAGGUGAAACUUCGAAAAGCUGAAGAAAUAUAUUAAAGAACAAAAUCGACCAAUCUCUAGUUUAGUCGGACAGAAAGCUUGAGUGCCUGGCAAACUAUAUUAUAUUUUCCAAAUAAAACAGAAUUUUUUUAUGGCUCGACAAGCCAAACUUCAAAUGAAGUGUCUGUUACUCUUACUUAAAAAGUAAACGGAUAUGCUUACAA